GUUAUUCUCUUCUUUGUCAAUUCAGAGAAGAAAAGGCAAAGCAGGAUCAAACAGAACCACCGACAAUCUCAAGCAGCAAACAGUUUUCUUCCUACAACAGGGAUAAAAACAACAAACAUAACGCCAAAAUCUCCAAAUUUUCAGUUUCAACGGAGCAAUCAAUUCCGUCCGACAACGCACCUCUCGCUCUGGGCCACCCAGCAGAAUGGGCAACGCCCAUGGCCAUCGCCACAAGCACCACCACGACACAAGUCCAUCAAACGUCCCUUUUCCCAAUAAAUUCGUCCCUCAGCCACCCCAUAUCUCCGCUAGUCAUAACCACGCUCCUUCGGAUCCAUCCCCUACCCGAAACGGCGGCGGCAUGGGGACUUUGCCGUACUCCCACGUCGACUCCACCCUUCGGAGCCUCGCCGGCCAAGCAGAGGGGUUCGGCCACUCCGCCGUGGGCGGUCUCCACGGCCCUCUCUACCGCGUCACUACUUUGGCUGACGAUGGUCCAGGAUCGCUUCGUGAUGGGUGCCGCAGAAAAGAACCCCUUUGGAUAGUUUUCGAAGUGUCAGGCACCAUUCAUCUCUCGUCUUACUUAAAUGUGUCUUCCUAUAAGACCAUUGAUGGCCGUGGCCAACGGAUAAAAAUCACCAGGAAAGGUUUGAGGUUGAAGGAAUCUGAACACGUUAUCAUUUGCAAUCUGGAGUUCGAAGGCGGUAGAGGACCGGAUGUCGAUGGCAUUCAAGUAAAGCCCAAUUCGAAACACAUAUGGAUUGACCGUUGCAGCCUCCGUGAUUAUGACGAUGGCCUUAUAGAUAUAACAAGGCAGAGCACAGAUAUCACCAUUUCUAGGUGUCACUUUUCUGCUCAUGACAAGACAAUGCUCAUUGGAGCAGAUCCCUCCCACGUUGAGGACAGAUGUAUUAGGGUGACCAUUCACCAUUGCUUUUUCGAUGGAACUCGACAACGGCACCCCCGAGUGAGGUUUGCGAAAGUACAUUUGUACAACAAUUACACCAGAAAUUGGGGCAUAUAUGCUGUUUGUGCUAGUGUAGAAUCACAGAUAUUUUCCCAAUGCAAUAUCUAUGAAGCUGGACAGAAGAAGCCGGCAUUCAAAUAUCUCACAGAAAAGGCUGCUGACAAGGAAGAUCCAGGCAGUGGUCACAUAAGAUCUGAAGGGGACUUGUUCAUAGUGGGAACUCAAGCAGGUCUAAUGACUGAUAAAGCUGAGCAGUGCAUGUUUCAUCCCAGCGAAUACUAUCCCUCGUGGACGGUGGAACCUCCCACAGAUUCCCUCAAGCAGGUUCUACAACAUUGCACAGGAUGGCAAAGUGUGCCUCUGCCGGUUGAUCAUGGAGUCACUGCGUAACGUAGUGCAAAUUUGGUACCUCACCGUGUUUUGUCUCAUAAGUAUCUGGGGUCCCUUUUUCACACCGUUGUAUAAUUCAGGUCUAAAUUGCAGGCAGAACUUUCUUCUCGCAUAUACUUGUACCAAUGACCAGGUACAUGUAGGCCUUGAAUUACUAAUUCAUUUCGGAUCCACCAAUCGAUGUACUUUGGUUUAGUGGAGUAAAUGAAGGGUUUCAUGCGAGUAACAUCAGCGUCAUGGACCAAAUGAAGUGUCGGUGUGUAUACGAUGAAUCGUCACGUGUGUUUUGUUCUUUCUUUGUUUCUUUCUUCUCUUUUCUUUUUGAACAGAAUGCAAGAGCAAUAAAACAUCUAUUGACCGGCAUUGGAAAG